ACUGCGUAGCACAAAAAUCAAUUUUCGACAUGCUGCUGCGACGGACCUCAUCAAAUUUGCGUUUUUUAGCGAAAAACGUUCGAAAAAUCUCGGUUUCGAGUUGUGUCAGGAAGGAUGUUGUCCCGCCCGAGGAUGAGGAUCCCAUUAAACGGACCAUUCGGAUAUUGAAGGAUGAUAUUAAACGCCCGAUUCAGCGAUACAAGAAUUUGUGGGAAGAGGCGAAAAGGGAAAGUGCCUCAUUGGAAGACCUGGAAGUCGAUCCGAAGAAGCAAUUUCAGUCGCAUUGCGAUGUUUUGGUUAUUGGAGGCGGAGCGAUGGGCAGUUCUGCGGCUUAUUGGCUCAAAAAACGGGCUCGCGAAGGUUUAAACGUCGUCGUUGUCGAAAAAGACCCGACUUAUGCGACAGCUUCGACCCCGCUUUCGGUUGGAGGGUUGCGACAACAAUUUUCCAUCGAAGAAAAUGUGAUGAUGAGUCUUUUUGGCGCCGAAUUUUUACGAAAUAUCAAGCAGGAGCUUGGGGAUGAUGUCGAUGUGAACUUCAAUCCGUACGGAUACAUGAUGCUGGCAUCCGAGGAAGGCGCCGAAACGUUAAUUGAGAACUCAAAAAUGCAAAAUGAGCUGGGGGCACGCAACGAAAUCCUUACCGCGGAGCAAAUUAAGCGAAAAUUUCCGUGGAUUAACACUGAAGGCAUCGCUGUUGGGUGUCACGGACUCGAAAAAGAAGGUUGGUUUGACCCCUGGAGCCUUUUGUGUGCCUUUAAGAACCGCGCGAUCGAGUAUGGAGCACAUUACACACAAGCAGAAGUCGUAGGAUUCCAAAUUGAAACAGAUGAAACCACGAUGUCGCCUCACGAUGACUUCGGACACUUGCAAAAACUCGACAAAGCGAUUGUCAAAAUGCCGAAUGGCGAGUUGCGGACUAUUAAAUUUGCCAUUUGUGUUCUUGCGGCGGGCGCACAAUCCGGAAAAAUCGCAAAAAUGGCGAAUAUUGGCACCGGAAGGGGAGUUUUGAAUGUCCCGUUGCCUGUAGAGCCGCGAAAACGCUUCGUUUAUUGCUUCAAGUGUCAAGGAGACAACGGACCAGGGUUAAAUACGCCACUGACGAUCGAUCCGAGCAACACGUAUUUCCGUCGUGAUGGUUUGGGAGGCAAUUAUAUCGGCGGAAAGAGUCCUUGUGCCCAUGAAGAGCCAAAUUGCGAUAAUUUAGAGGUAGAUCACGACUUUUUUGAUACCCAUGUUUGGCCUCAUCUGGCGAAUCGAGUGCCGGCGUUUGAAGCGAUUAAAGUUCAAAAUGCGUGGGCGGGAUUUUAUGAGAUGAAUACCUUUGAUGAGAACGGAAUUAUUGGGUCGCAUCCGUAUUAUCCGAAUUUGAUGUUUGCAACGGGAUUUUCGGGGCAUGGAAUUCAACAGAGUCCCGCUGUGGGAAAGGCAAUUAUGGAGUUGAUUGUUGAUGCGCAAUAUAUGUCGAUUAAUUUGGAAAGGUUGGGAUUCGAUCGGAUUAUUGUGAAUCAACCGAUGUACGAAGCGAACAUUGUUUGACAGUAGACAAUUUAUUUAGGAUAGAUUUAAAAUAAAAAAUUAAAAAAAAAAAAAAUAAUUAAAAAAAAAUAAUAAAAAAAUUAUUUUAAAAAAAUAAAGAAAUUUUAU